AUGGACUCGAGCUCCGGAAGCGGCGGCGGGGUGGAGGGCGGGGUCGGGGAGGGGCCGACGACGCUGGACGAGCUGUACCAGAUCAACGUGGUGCUGACCGAGCUGCACUUCAAGUUCCGCAAGGAGCUCCAGGGCCUCCGCGUUGGCCUCAACUUCGAGUUCUACAAUCUUGAGGUGAAUGACUUUGAGGCAAAGAUAGUACUGAAGCCUCUAGACUACGACCGGAAAUGGAAAUUCCAGUACAAGCCCAUCAGUGGUGACAUACAGCUACUUUCCAAGAAGAUACCAGUCACAAAGUUUCUAAAUCUACAGGUUGGCAUUGGCCACAAUUAUCAUCUGAAUGCAACUGGAUGGAAGUGGAAGCUUUCUACUUGCCUGGGGGGAGACGGUGUCUCUCAGAUAAGAAACAAGUCAAAACUCAGCUUGUUCCCAGGGUUUGAUUUGAGGAUUGGAUGGAAAGCAGAAUAUGUGCUUCCUGAGAUUCAUGGGGCUGUUGGCACAGGAGAACCAGCCUUCAGUAUGAACUAUGGAAGGUUGCAUGCAUCAAUAGAUCGGGUCGAGGCUAUCGUUACUCAAUUUUCUCGGAAAGGCGAGGGAGUUUCUUGA